GGAGCGAUCUGAGCUCAGUGGGGGGACGGGACGAGCUCGGGGGAUCCUCCUCCUACGCAGAGCGCGCGUGGAGGUGCACUCGGCUCAACGCCAGGACACUUCAGUUGCUGCGGCGGGGUGCGGCGCAGCGUUGCGGACCGCUAAGCCUCGACGAGACUCCAAGGCAAGAUCAUCGUGGACCCGAUUAACAGGGCGGCGUGAGAGUACCCCAGCUACAGGUCGUCGUGAACGCAGGCUCAACGCGAACGCUUCACUUACAGCGCGGCUCAGCGUGUGGACAAACAACAGCACGGCCAUGCGACCAAACACGGCGGCGUGAACACAACUCGGCGUGAACACUCAACCUGAUUUAAAUCACGCAUCGUGGACACUCCGCGCGGCGUGAGAUUACCGCUCAACUUCGAGCGCAGCGUGGGAGCAACCGAAGCUACGGCGAAACCCUGGACAGAGACACACUUGCUAAGCUGUAAAAGACGAUUCACCAUGAACGCUUAACCUACAGCUUCACCGCUGCAUAGUGUGGACACUUAAGAGCUGCGGCGCGAGGUUACCUGCGCUACAGGGCACCGUGAACACAGCAGCUGAGCGACCUGCACGCGUGCGACAGCUCAACGACAGCUCGCCGUGAACAACGGCAGCGGGCAACGAGAUCAGCACCAUGCAGCGCAGCGUUACCCGCAGCACCCUCGCGCCCGGCGUGCCGGUGGACGUCAGCUGUGGAAAGUAACACAAAUGCGACGACGAGAAUAUUAUCGUUAUAGUAGUGCUUCUGGCGGAGGGUUAGGGCAAACACUUCAGCGAUGCUCAAUUUCCAAGUGACCCCGCACGAGGACGCCACCCCGCCGUGCGUCGUGAGGAAUUCGUCCGCGUGGAACGACAGCGAGCCGGCGACGUCGGUCGGCGUCAACUGCUCGUCGGAGGGCACCGGCCAGAGGCCCGUGGAGAUGGAGUGGAUGGUAGGCCUGGGCAUGCUCAUGUCCCUCAUCGUGCUCUUCAUCGUGUUCGGAAACGUGCUCGUCAUUACGGCCGUGGCCAAGUUCCGGCGGCUGCAGACGCAGACCAACUACUUCGUGGUGUCCCUGGCGUGCGCGGAUCUGCUCAUGGGUCUCAUCGUGGUGCCGUUCGGCGCCACCCCCGUGGUGUCGGGCACGUGGACGUGGUAUUUCGGGCCACGCUUCUGCAGCUUCUGGACCGCGGUGGAUAUCAUGUGCGUGACGGCGAGCAUAGACACGCUGUGCGUGAUCGCGGUGGACAGGUACAUCGCGGUGGCGAGGCCGCUGCGUUACGAGACCCUGAUGAACAAGAGGAGAGCGCGGUUCAUCAUCGUGGCCGUGUGGCUCGUCUCGGCGCUCAUCUCCUUCCUGCCCAUCGAGAUGGGCUGGUGGAAGAGCGAGGCUGCCGCCGCGGCGAACAACACUGCGGAGGACGUCUGCGAGUUCAACAUCAGCCUGGAGUACGCCGUGGCCUCCUCGUCCGUGUCCUUUUACCUGCCGCUCACCGUUAUGAUCAUUCUCUACUCCAAGGUGUUCCGCGAAGCGCGGAAGCAGAUGGAAAAAAUAAACACCAGCGAGGGUCGCUUCUACAACAACGCGAACGACAGCGCGACGAUCAAGAACCCGGCGAGGAAGCUCUCCAGGUUCCUGUCUCGCAAGGAGCACAGAGCGCUCAAGACUCUGGGGCUCAUCAUGGGCACCUUCACGCUCUGCUGGCUCCCGUUUUUUGUCGUCAACAUCGUGCAGGUGGUGUGGAACUGCGUUCCCACGGGGGUCUUCGUGUCCCUCAACUGGCUUGGCUACAUCAACUCCGCCUUCAACCCCAUCAUCUAUUGCCGCAGCCCCGACUUUCGCUCCGCCUUCGAGAGGCUGCUGUGCUGCGGCCGCUUGGUCGGGAGGCGGAGGAGGCGGAGAGGACGCGGACGAAAGGACAACAACGAGCUGGGCCAGUGCACGUCGUGGCCCAUUUGCCCCGACUCUGGCUCCACGCAGGGCUACGUGGAGCGCUGCAGCGAGACGGGGACGACGCUCUGUGGCGCCAGCACCAGCAGCCAGGGCAGCAGCAACAGUGAGCAGAGCUUGGACACCAACGGGAACUCUCACGGCCUCUUGUCGGCCCUCUAAGGGCCAUCCGUGGCGGAAUUACGCUCGGCGCACUUUUGCGCGACAGUUACUUGGAUGGUGGCGCGGGGUGGGUUGGUGUUGGUGGGGUGGGGGGUAGUCACUGAGGCUGACGAUCUAGAGCCCUGAUCCAUGCGUUAUUGUUGUGUCAUUUGUUCAGCACACAGUUCUUAUCUAUCUAAGGGGAAGUUCAUGUUAAUCGGGGGCUGCGGAGGGGGGGGAUGAACCCCCAUCCCGCCCCGCGUCUCACUCUCCCGCUGUGAACUGUGAUGCCUUUUUUAUGUUUCGUCCAAAUUUGUUUUGGACGAAACCGUGCCGAUGCCUCCUCGAUUGGGGCAAUUCUCCAAAAGCGAUGUGAAGUUAGGCUUACUUUUGUUGUUAAAUCGACGUGCCAAUCUGACCUGAUAUUACGAUAUCGGCAACGUUACAUACGGUGACACAGACUCCAGCAAAUGGUAAAGUGUGCCAAGGGACAUGGUGUUUUGGUCAGGUGUGAUCUCACGCCCAAGAUGUACGCAGGCUCCCAUUGCAUGUCAUGCACAGUGUCACUCCACUGUUGGAUGAAUGCCUCCGUACGUUGUCGGUAAUUCGUGGUUGUUGGACCAUAAUUUACCACGCUGAUCAGUGCUCUAGUUAGGGCAUUUUACGUCCUUUCUUGUUGAAAGCAUUUACAAUUCCACAGCUUCAGAACUGCACAUACCUCUCUCUCAUUGUAUUAUUUAUUAUCGUGGUUCUGGUGUAUGUAGUCCGACCCGUAUAGAUUUUGUUUUUUUGCUUGUUACUACCUCAGGUCGUUGUUUUAGCGUUUUUUUAAUUUCUUUUUAAUUAUUCUUUUGCUCAAACGCGCGAGUCGUGCGGACACUCGCGCGUGGUAUGGCAAUGGCACCGAACGCAAUGUUGUCAUUGUAUCCCCCUCUUACGACGAGCGAUAGCAAAUGUUUGCCAGACUCCUGCUGAGAAGACGUUCGCAAUUGUUGUUUUGCACUUUGCCUGCACAGCCAGUUGAAUAGACAACGCGUAUGCCCCGAGUGGGUGAACUUACCACUCGCGGCGAUGAAGAACCAAACAGCACAAUCACGUGUGUUGCUGCUGCUGCUGUUGUUGUUGUUGAAAGUAAUUUGCUAAGACAAAUGCUAUUUUCUUUCACGGACGACACAAUGUUAAUAACAUUUAAGCACCUUAGGGGACAACCUUAGCAGCCUUUUUUAAAAUUGAAUGUCCGUCGACUGAUAUUCCAUUCGUGUUGAAAUGUGUAUUGCGUAUCACAGUGUACUUGGUAAUGAAUUUACAAAAGAUUACGUAUACGCAGUAUACGUGCACAUGGUAUGUACAUGUGUAUAUAUGCACCUACCUUUGUAUAUACUGUAGGAUAUACUGUAUUUUUUUUACAGACACUUCGCGUUAAUCCGCAAUGAUAAAUCGCCAACCCAACGCGGACAUUGUACGCGGAACGAGACACGUGGAACUAUGCUUGAACAUUUCGCUACUGCACCGCACGGAGGAGGCACGUGGGCUCCCGCAGUGGAGCCGGCUUCUGGAUCAGCAGGGUAGUGCCACCGUUCGUCCAUUUGACAUUCUGUAUCACUCUCUCUGUGUGUGUGUGUCUUUCUGGCGGCCGUGCCAUGUGUUUUCGACUUGUAUCGCUGGUCGUUGAGCAUCACCGCCCGACGUUUUCGCUCCACCUGCUGGGGAGAUUGUUCAGCAGCGCGUGGAGCGAAACGUCGGACAUCGACACGCGCACAAUGCGUUGUUCGGCUUGAUUACCCGACGUUUCGCUCCGCGUGCUUGGAAAUUCUUCAGCAGCACGUACAGCGAGACGUCCUGACAUCAUGCUUAACAACACGCGGUACAACCCGAACGUGCAUCCAUCAGAGAGAGCUGCACGCAUGUGCGCGAACACCGACGUGAAUAUUCGCUAUUACUGCUGGCUGUGAGCUACUCUCCGCCACUUUGAAUAGAGCCUCAUCACGAUCAAUAGUCACCUUGACAGGAUCAUUACCAGACUGAUCAGAACACGUUAUCGUUCUCUUUAUUUAUUAACUAUUUUGCAAAAACAAUUUAGUUCGACCAAUCCAUCCGCAAACGAUGGUAUUUAUUUAUAACAAAUCGAUAUAUAAUAAUCGCUCGAUUACAGAGCGGCUUAAUGGGAGAGGUCUGCGAGGGUGUGUGUGUGUAUAUUGAUACUGUAUUGCAUAAGAGUGGGCAUUAUUGUCUUAAUGUGCACACAACUCAUAUGAAUGAUGUGCAAUAACCGACGCGUAUACGUACAGAAGCCUAUACUGCACUGUUGUAAAAAAAAUAAAUGUAACAGUAUACGUUUCGUACUGUUUAUUUUUGUAAAUUUUAUAAUGACGUAAGGCUAUUUAAUGGGUACAACCUCGCGCGUGACGCCAUACUGUGUAAUUUAAGUGUUUGCUAUACCUGUACAUGUUCCGACUUGAGAAAAAUGCAUAAAAUUGCACUGAUUCAUCUCGA